UAGCCGGCUAUCAGCCGAAAUCGCGUGAGUAAAUUAUUCUACUUUUUCCGCUUUCAUCACAAUGGAUUUCUUCCAAAAAGUUCCGAAAAUCGAACUUCAUGCCCAUUUGAAUGGAUCGUUGAGCAACCGAACGCUGCAGGAGCUGAGGAAGUUGAAAUUCGGCCAGGAAGAUAACAGCAGCAGUUCGGGUGACGAGAGCUUCUACAGGAUUACGGGUGGCCAGAAUUUGACCCUGAAAGAAUGCUUUCAAAAGUUCACCUACGCCCACGAGCUAACGGACCAACCGGAAACGCUAGCCUGUGCCAAGCAGUCCGUGAUUCGAGAGUUUGCCGAGGACAAUGUGGUCUACCUGGAGCUCAGGACGACGCCCAAAUCGACGGCCAACAUGAGCAAACGGCAGUACCUGACUACGGUUCUGGAAGCGAUCAGGAAAACCCAUCAGGACCUGCCGUCUAUUACCGUAAAGUUGCUGCCAUCGAUCGAUCGUUCCAAGGGGCUCGUGGAAGCCGAGGAGAACGUCGCAUUGGUACUGGAACUGCUCCGCGCCUAUCCGGACAUCAUCAAGGGAAUGGAUCUGAGUGGCGCUCCGUUUGGGACUAAAUUUUCCGACUACGCAAAACUCAUGAAACCGGCUCAGGUCGCUGGAUUGCGGAUGGCCCUGCACUGCGGAGAGUUCGACGAUGACCAGGAGGUUCGGGAAAUGUUCGAGUUCGGAACGGAUCGCAUCGGUCACGGGACGUUCAUCAAGGGCGAAAAUCUCCAAUUUGCCAAGGAGAAGGGAAUUCCAUUCGAAUGUUGCCUCACUAGCAACUUGAGGUGCAGUACGGUGUCUUCCUACGAGAAGCAUCAUUUCGGGAUGCUGUGGGAGGGAGGAUUCGACGUUUGCAUCAAUACGGACGAUUUCGGAGUGUUUGACACAAGCCUUUCGAAGGAGCUGGAAAUCUGUUCCAAAACGUUCGGCCUAUCUCAGGAUGAUAUUAUCGAGCUCCAGGAGCGAACCAUCAACUACACGUUUGCCAGCGACGGCGAGAGGCAGCAGCUAACCGAGCAGUUGAAUAAUUUUAAAAAUCAAAUGAAAGACAACUGACAACUGCUCUAAUAUAGCAUU